AUGUCGCUGAAAAAUCUCAAGCCGAUCACAAUCACGCGCAGUGUGUCAGUGCCUGACGGCUAUCAGCUCUUUCCAAUCGCAGAUAAAUGGGCAGAAAUGUUACCGGAGCGCAUUCCGCUCCAAUUUUCACUGUUUCGCUAUCUAGGCUUUUAUGUUGCUUGCACGCAAAAUGGCAAGUCAACAGUUGUGAAGUCUCGUGCAGUAGCAGCACUACGCGUAACCAUUCAAAAUGAGGACAAGGUGGUUUUCAACGAACGCGUCUAUGCAGCUUUCCCCAAUGGUGUCUAUUACGUACAGGACAUUCGUCUAAAAAAUGCUGGGGUGCACACUGUGUGUGUAACAGUAGAAGGAGGAUUAGCUGAUGACCUGGCACCGCUUGUGCUUAAGACGCAAGUCUUUGAGUUUAUGGAACUUCAUGAAUGUCCAGAUUUGGUAAACGGAGCCUACCAGCCAUUGCGCGAGUUUGUACUUGAUUGCAUCAGUAAUGGACGCCGCGAGAAAUUACACGACGAAGCGUUUCUCGAGGAUUACGUGCGCACAAAAAAACACAUGUUGCGCUCAAUGGACGCCAGGUGGUGGCUGCGAGCAUAUGUGCAACACACAAUGGACCGUGAUGAGAAUCAACGGCUUUUGCUCACGCAGGCCUCGGUUCGUGUGACUCACUCUUGCCGAUCGCACAAACGAAAACAAGACCAUCCACGCCGCACAGCAGACAAAAAAGAGCAUGAUAAUCUUUUUGCGCGUCGGAAACGGGACUGGAGGCGUGUGCGCGCAGGGGAUUUGCGAAUGUUUUUGACCGAGCCAUUGCAUGCGGGAGCUACAACUACAGUGUUUAGCAGACGGGAAAUGUUUCACCAGCUAAGUCUGUACGCUCAAGUCUAG